ACUGGGAGCGGAGAGCCAGCUCUGGCAAACUGUGUGCAGACGCACUGCCGACCCGCUCCGCUCGACAACUGCACAGCGAAGCCCCCCGCGCCCUGGGGCAGUGGAGAGAGGGGUGAAGGAGACUCGGUACCCGCUCCUCGCCCGUGUGUGGCCCGCCCGGCGCUGCCUCACAGGUUCAGUCCGGACAGCGGGAGAGCGCGACUGAUGUGCUAAGCAGCUUGCCUUUGGCUCAGACCCGGAGCUUGGAGGCAGCGGUUUCAUGAAGUCUCUUGCCCGGCGCUGAGUUUGACACGCCGACUGACCCACGGCUCAGCAACUGUUGACCAGAAAGAUUAAAAAACGCUGCAAGCUCCCCAGAGAAUAAACAUGAGGUGCCGGUUAAUGCAACUGUUCAGCUUGCUGCUGCUGGUCGAGGCUGCCCUAGCGGGUGGCAAAUCUUACUCGGGACCCUGUAACGGCAGAGACUGCUCGGCGGGAUGUCAGUGCUUCCCUGAGAAAGGAGCGAGAGGCCGUCCGGGAUCUCCAGGAUUGCGCGGAGUCCAGGGACCGCCGGGCCCACCCGGCCAUCACGGAGUGACCGGACACAUUGGAGCAAAAGGCGACCGAGGGUGGGAAGGUCGGGUUGGCCAGGCGGGAGACAAGGGACCGAUGGGAGUGCCUGGAUUUGCUGGGAAUGACGGGAUUCCGGGCCACCCAGGACAGCAUGGCCCCCGAGGACCACCCGGACGAGAUGGCUGCAAUGGGACCCGGGGAGACGCCGGUAGAAGGGGAACAUCUGGCUUCUCGGGUCAGCCUGGCCGACAUGGAUCUCACGGGCUGAAGGGCCAGAAAGGUGAACCUCUCCUCGUCACGAUGGACGGCAAGAGCCACAGGGGCCGUCCUGGUGUUCCAGGCAUUCCCGGUUUUCGGGGUGUAACUGGUCCCUCAGGAGAGAUGGGUCGACAAGGCUCCCCAGGAUUCCAAGGGCCGCAGGGACCUCGUGGGCCUCCGGGUGUUCUAGGACCAAAGGGCAACGACGCAGUCGUCUUCAAUGCGGAGAAAGGGGAAAAGGGAGAACCUGGAUUGCCAGGAGAUAAUGGUUCCCAUGCAUCCGCCAAAUCACCAACCAUCACCUGUUUGAAUGGAACGAAGGGAGAAAAGGGAGAGGUCGGAAAUCGAGGAAUGAAGGGAGAAACAGGAACACCUGCAAUCCAGGGAGAUCCGCGUCAACAGGGCGAGAAGGGAGAGGCGGGAGUGUUGGGGCUACCGGGCCCGAGGGGCCCCAGCGGUUCGGAUGGACCCUCGGGCCACGACGGACCAACGGGGUAUCCAGGGAGACCGGGUAUCCCAGGAGAAACAGGCUGGCCCGGAAUGAAGGGGGAUCGUGGCGAUCAUGGUCUUCCAGGUAGAACCAUAAUUCUCCCCGGAGAUGUUGCAAAAGGUCCGAAGGGCCUGCCUGGUCUAAAAGGAGAUCGAGGAGAGCGGGGAGAGACGGGAUACCGGGGCCCCCUUGGAGCCCAGGGUCCUCCUGGUGACACCAGCUACUACCCAGGCCGCCCGGGAUUGCCCGGCACACCGGGGUUCGCCGGACCGAAAGGAUUCCAAGGGGAAGUGGGGCGGCCGGCAGAAGUGCCCGGAUCCAUAGGGUUCCCAGGAGACCCGGGACAGCCAGGUCUACCUGGACCUCCAGGACCAGCGUCCCCUGCAGUGCUUUACGGUCAACAAGGGGAAUCAGGACUACAGGGAUACCCCGGUCAGAGGGGAGCAACUGGAAACAAAGGUGACGCUGGGAUCUGUGCCUGUAUCACGAGCAGCACGGGAUCCCCUGGAUUCCCUGGACCAGCCGGUAGGCCCGGUUUUCCCGGGGUGCCAGGCGCGGCAGGGCAGCUGGGGGAGGAAGGCCCCACUGGGCCGAAUGGAGCUCCCGGCCUUACGGGAGAGGCUGGGGCCAAUGGAGAUAACGGUCGGAAGGGGCAGAAAGGCGAAUCCAUCUUUGUCCCUACUAUCAACAUCAAAGGUUCUAAAGGCGACGAGGGAGACCAGGGUCAAGGUGGAGCUCCCGGACAGCCAGGAAUCCCGGGACUGAACGGCAAACCAGGCAAGCAGGGCCGGCAAGGACGUCACGGCGAUGCUCAGAAAGGUUCCCCCGGCGAUCCAGGAUUCCCAGGAAUCCCUGGUCAGAAGGGCUUCCCCGGACCGCCGGGGUUGCCGGGCCUGGGCUUCCGAGGGCCUAACGGCAAGCCCGGGCUGCCCGGAGACUUUGGAAUUGACGGUGUCUCAGGAAUCCCAGGAGAUCAAGGCUCACCUGGUGACCCAGGUGAGUGCGUCGAGGAGCAUGAACAAUCGGUAACAGGCCACAGAGGUUUCCCAACAGGUGUUCGUUGUGGGAGCCCAGGGUUGAAGGGGCAGCAGGGAGAGCCCGGAGCACCAGGAGUGUCAGGUGCCAAAGGGCAGCAGGGAUUACCAGGAGUAGCAAGGAGAGGAUAUCCAGGACAGAAAGGAUUCAUCGGACAGAUGGGACCAGGAAUUCCGGGACCAGCAGGUUUCAUCGGGCCCCGUGGCCAGAAGGGAGUGGCUGGUAGGUCCGGACGCCCUGCGGAGUCAGGCCUGCAGGGCAGGGCCGGAGAGCCGGGUCCACCGGGAGCUAGAGGUUGGCCUGGUGAAGCAACCGGAGCGCUACCCGGCAUCCAGGGUGAGCCCGGCAACCAGGGGCGGCCUGGAGCCAAAGGAAGUGCUGGAGACGCAGGCGUACAUGGUCUGCAAGGAGUGGACGGAGUUCCGGGAAUGCCGGGAACGAAGGGCGAGCAUGGUCAGGCAGGCCUGCCCGGCCCUGCCGGAUUCCCCGGAGCAGAGGGACAGUCCAUGGGUGCAGGGGCACCAGGACUGCCCGGCUUCCCGGGAGUGCCAGGACCAUCCGGACCCACGGGUCCUCAGGGGUACAUCGGAGGUCGAGGUGACCGUGGGCCCCCAGGUCCCGCUGGGAUGAAGGGGUUGCCUGGAAUUCCCGGCAACUUGGGCGUUCCCGGAGACCGUGGCUUUCCCGGACCAGACGCUCCGUUUGGUGUGGACGGGCUGCCAGGACUCGAUGGGCUGAAGGGUGUGAAAGGUUCGCCAGGAAUAAGCGGAUUCCCUGGCGCUGAAGGAUAUAAUGGUCGACCUGGAAUCCGAGGACUGAAGGGGGAAUCGGGAUUUACCGGACCGAUAGGCUUUCUUGGUCCCACGGGGAGUAAAGGGCUUAAAGGUGAGUUGGUGACCGAGGAGAGAAAGGGCCCACCUGGACCAGCACCACCCAUUGAACCAGCCAUGAUGAUCAAAGUGAAGGGGAACAAAGGCGAUUCUGGUUCCUCCGGCGAUCCUGGCUUCACUGGUCCCAGAGGGAGGAAAGGAAUGCCUGGUUACCCAGGCCAACGGGGUCAACCUGGUUUUCCCGGAAUUCCCGUAUUGGAGAAAGGCAUAAAAGGAUUGCCGGGAUUCCCGGGUGAACUCGGAAGCAAAGGAAUGCCUGGAGCUAAGGGGCCUCCGGGCAUCAGAGGCUUUCCUGGGAUGGAUGGUGAUAAGGGUCUUGUGGGUGUCCCAGGCUUGCCAGGAUCGCUGGGAGAUCGUGGAACCCCUGGAUAUAAAGGUGAUGUGGGCGAAACGAUGGACAUACCGGGAGUGCCUGGAUUCAAGGGUGAAACAGGGCCAGCAGGGGUCAAAGGCAUGCCCGGUACGACAGGCCUGCCCGGAAUACCCGGACAGCCCGGAGGUCCCGGCAUCGAGGGGAUGAAAGGGAGUCGCGGGAAGGCCGGACAACCAGCCCGGCAGGGCUCUCCUGGAUCCUCAGGAAUUCCGGGUGACAGAGGGCCGCGUGGCCCGCAUGGUUCUGCCGGUUCUGUGGGAUUUCCAGGAUACGGGGGAUACAAAGGGGCAAAAGGAUUACGGGGCCCUGAUGGUUUGCCAGGAUUGAAUGGGUUGAAAGGAUCCAAAGGUCUCGGGGGAUCGCCAGGUGUGCGUGGGAAAGGAGCCAAAGGCUACCCUGGGCAAGAGGGUAAGAAAGGAGAGCAAGGAGCACCCAACACCCAGCCGGGAGAGCCUGGACAACCCGGAGCGCCUGGACCCAGGGGCAACGUCGGUUACCGCGGUGCCGUUGGCCUACGUGGACCCCCAGGACCACCCGGACCUUUAUUCCCGUCAGACAAGCAAGGGAAACCAGGUGACCCUGGACCACGGGGGUUUGACGGAGCCCAAGGUCAUUCUGGCCUGCCAGGCCCCUCCGGCAGAGCUGCUUUCCCAGGGAUCAGAGGUGACAAAGGAGAUCCAGGAAGAGCUGGACUACUUGGGCCACGUGGAGCUGCGGGAGAGAGGGGGCCACUCGGCCUUCCUGGGAUCGAUGGCAUUCCCGGCAACAAAGGUCGUAAAGGGGACCAGGGCAUGAUGGGGUUCCCUGGGGGUAAGGGCCAACCUGGAGAUUCAGGAGCCACUGGUGUGAAAGGUUAUAUGGGACUCCCAGGUUCGAAGGGAUUUCCAGGUCCUCAGGGCCCAGCCCCUGCUCCUCAACCCGUGGCAGUUUCGGUAGGUCUUCAUGGGCUGCCAGGAGACCCUGGACGCCAUGGAUUUCCUGGAGAUCCUGGUCCAAAGGGAAUUUAUGGCGAUCAAGGUCCCAAGGGCCCAAAGGGUCAGACAGGAUUGCCUGGCCUGUCCAACUCACCCGGAGUGGCGGGCCCGCACGGUGACCCGGGUUUGAUCGGACGACAGGGUGCACUCGGAUUUCAAGGACCACAGGGAGUGCCGGGAUUGCGUGGGAUGUUGGGAAUGCCAGGCCGCAGCGUCAGCGUAGGAUAUCUCCUGGUCAAGCACAGCCAGGCGGAGCAAGUGCCACCCUGCCCCUUGGGCAUGAACAGGCUCUGGGAUGGAUACAGCCUCCUCUACGUGGAAGGACAGGAAAAAUCCCACAACCAGGACCUGGGCCUGGCUGGCUCCUGUAUGCCUCGCUUCAGCACCAUACCCUUUGUCUACUGCAACAUCAACGAAGUGUGCUACUACGCCAGCAGAAACGACAAGUCGUACUGGCUGUCCACCAACGCGCCCAUCCCCAUGAUGCCCGUGGCCGAUGAAGACAUCAAGCCGUACAUCAGCCGGUGCUCAGUGUGUGAGGCUCCCUCCCUCGCUGUGGCCGUCCACAGUCAGGACAUCACCAUCCCCAUGUGCCCGCAGGGCUGGCGCAGCCUCUGGAUCGGUUACUCCUUCCUCAUGCACACGGGCGCGGGCAGCGAGGGUGGCGGCCAGUCGCUGGUCUCUCCCGGCAGCUGCCUGGAGGAUUUCCGCACCACCCCCUUCGUGGAGUGUAACGGCGCGCGGGGCACCUGCCACUACUUUGCCAACAAGCAGAGCUUCUGGCUGUCCACCAUCGACCCCGAGCAGCAGUUCGAGGACCACCCGGCCUCUGAAACGCUGAAGGCCGGGCAGCUCCUGACGCGGGUGGGCCGCUGCCAGGUCUGCAUGAAGAACUUGUAACCACGCCAUCGGGCCACCACUCCCGGCUGCCCAUCUCCACGCCGAGACAGGAAACCCUCCGUCCAGUUGCCCUCGGGUUUUCCCCUCUCCAAGCCCCGACUGAGUGGCUCUCCUCAAGGUGGGCCCUGCUUGCUAUCGCCUAAUGCCCUGCUUGCUGGACCCAAACACUAUUCUCUGACCCAACACAGCUCAAUAUCCACGGGCUGCCUGCCGACAAUGGCCUUGACGCUCUGCACCCCAUUCCCGCUCUGACACCCAGAACCUGGGGCCACGUCCCACCCGCCCUAGUAACCUCACCCCCCCCCCCCCCCAUCCCACCUGAGGCUCCUCCCCCUGACUGCGGGAGUUCCGCAGUGUCACUGGAGGGGAGCCUCACACCAAGGGAGUGCUGCCCAUUUCAAUGAGGAGUUGGUGGUGAUGGAGACCGAUCUUGGGGAUAUUCUGCCGUUGUGAUGAGUUGUGUCUCUGCCCAGGGACUCUGCCCUCCCAUGCAUCAACCUACAGUAACAUUAGGAGGUUUUCCUUUGCUCGAAGAUAGACACAAAUUGCUGGGAUAACCCAGUGAGUCAUGCAGCGUGUAUUUUGGAGAAAAGGAAUAAUGUUGUUUCAGAUUGAGACUCUUCUUCAGACACAUCAAUCUGAACCCAAAACGUCACCCAUUCCAUUUCUCCAGAGAUGCUGCCCUACCCACUGAGUUACCCCAGCAGUCUGUGUAUAUCUUCAGUGUAAACCAGCAUCUGCAGUUCCUUCCGACACUUCUUCCUUUGCUGUAUGUAGGAACCUGAUGUCUUGCCACUUGGCUGCUAAUUUUGUGGGCUUGUUGGGUCCUGACAGGCUCCCGCAAGGAGGGAAAAGGCGCUAUAUAAAUUCAAGGCUUGUUUCCUUCUUCCUGAGAAAAAGAAAGGGAAUUGUGGGACCUUGUGGGUGGCUUGUGGGGAAAAAGAGCUCUGGUCUGAGACUCAGUACAGGACACACGGUUACUGACAUAUUUUACCAGGUAGAUGGGUGCAGCCAGAAUCUCCAGACAAAUACUCAAAAAGUGCUGGAGCAACUCAGCAGGUCAUGUCGCCUAGUUCCACGGCCUCCUGACCCGUUGAGCUACUCCACCGUUUUGUGUCUCCUCCGUAACCACACCUAUCCAUCUUCUCCAGAGAUGCUGCCUGACCUGCUGAAUUACUCCAGCACUUUGUGCCUUUUCUUUGUAAACCAGUAUCUGCAGUUCCAAACUUUCCCCAACUGGGACUGGCCCCGGCCAGGAACACGACUCUAUCAAAGGUUUAUCCGUGAGGGUUCGUUGGGUCCCAACGGGUUGAUCGAAGGAGGAUAAAGGUGAACCCUAGCAUUGUAAACAGGGGUCCCACGUAUAUAACAGCAAAUAUUUAAAGGCUUCAAUAAAGACAAUCAGAGCUUUUUAGCAAUAACAACCCA